AGACGAGUUUGUGGUGCAUGUUGGGAGAAAGGAGAAAGACGCCAUUUUGCUUGAUGGAGUAAGAAAUUAGUCUUAGCAAUUAAUCAGUUUCUAGGGAAUCCGAACUAUUACCGCAAGUUUACGUUGAAACAAUUCAUUAUAUACUUUGACGUUUCGAGAAGCAGUUGUUUUAAGUUAGUUGUAAGGUUUUCUGCAGUGAUAAUGGGUCGCUCCCGCAGUCGCAGCUCGUCCCGCUCCAAACACACAAAGAGCAGCAAACACAGCAAAAAACGCUCCAGGUCUCGGUCUAGGGACAAGGAGAGGGUCAAGAAACGAUCGAAAUCCAAAGAAGCCAAGAGGAGCCGGCGGAGAGAAUCUCGCUCCCGGUCCCGCUCUAACACUGCCGCGACACGUAAGGAGAGGGAGAGGGAGAGGGAAAGGGAGAAGGAGAAACAGAAACAGGAGAGGGAGAAGGAGAGGGAGAGAGAACGGGAACGAGCUGCUACUCCGCCCGAGAGACUCGACAUAUUCGGGCGGACGGUGAGCAAAAGGAGUAGCCUGGAUGAGAAGCAGAAAAAGGAGGAAGAGGAGAAAAAAGCCGAGCUUGAGAGACAGAGGAAAAUGAUCAUUACAGAAGUGAGAGAAAAAGAGAAACACAGGAAAUAUGAUGGUUCGUCCAAACUUGAAUGCCCCAAGGUGGAACAACAAGAAGCCACAAUGAAAAGGCUUUGUACCAUGUUGACAGACAAUCGUCAGCAGGAGAUUGAGGAGAAGCUGAUCGAAGAGGAGACGGCACGGAGGGUUGAGGAGUUGGUGGCCAAGCGGGUGGAGGAGGAGCUGGAGAAGCGGAAAGAUGAGAUUGAGCAUGAGGUGCUCCGAAGGGUGGAGGAGGCAAAGCGCAUCAUGGAGAAACAGUUGCUAGAGGAGCUGGAGCGACAGCGGCAAGCUGAGCUCUCAGCGCAGAAAGCUAGAGAGGAAGAAGAACGUGCAAAACGAGAGGAGCUGGAGAAAAUAUUGGAGGAAAAUAACCGCAAAAUUGCUGAUGCUCAGGCUAAACUGGCUGAAGAGCAAUUGAAAAUUGUUGAACAACAAAGAAAAAUUCAUGAGGAAAGGAUGAAAUUAGAUCAAGAGAGGCAGCGUCAACAAAAAGAAGAGCAAAAAAUGAUCCUGGGCAAGGGGAAGUCCAGGCCAAAGCUGUCCUUCUCUCUAAAACCAACUGAAUAAACUGCAGCUUGUACUUUUUUUUUUUUUUUUUUAUCUCUGUAUGGUAGCUUCAUGUUGAAGUGUUUUCUGGAAAGUCUGACAAGUUGGCUUAUUAUACUGAUGUGGGCUGUGCUCAACAAUCUUUCUUAAUGAGGCAUAUGAUUUUAACUGAAUUUCCACCAUCCUAAUGUUUAAACAUUAUAGAGGAAACUUUCUCCUUUGUCCAAUGCUUACCAUUGCAGUCUCGCGAAGUGGGUUCUUCAAGAGAUCAUGGUAAAGUUUGUACUAAAGUACAGCUCUUGAAGGGGUGAUUAGAGGAAGUUUCUUUUAUAAUCUUUAAUAGACCCUAUGUGUUGUAAUGUUGCGUAAGGUAAUGUGAGAAUUAAAUUGUAGAUCACGUUUCCUUUUUUUUUUUUUUGCACGUCUGAAUGGGUACAAUGCCCCAAAGUAUUACUGUAUCUGUAUUAAGUACAUUGUAAAAAUCCAAUGAUGCAUUCAGCAUAUUGGUUAAAGCAGUCCUGAUACAGGUAAGGAAAUGAUUGUUGCAUGUUAGUUGGGCAAGGGGGUGGGAAUAAUUUGUGUUUGCUCAGACUUUGGUAUUUUUCCCCAUUCUGGAAAUAUGUACAAUUGACAAAUAAAAGUCUUGAAUGCA